CUCAGGUGCCGCUCCGCCCGCUCCCUGGCCCCCGCGGUCGGAGCCGAGUUCUGGGCCGGCCGGCCGGCCGCCGGAAGUCGCUGUUGCCGGGCGAUAGCGUCGGCCCGGGAUAAACAACAUGGACGACGAGGAGCAGGGAGGCGCGGCAGUUGAUAACAUUGUCAACGAAUUCGAGACCUACGAGAGCUUCCUGGACUCGCAGAUCACUUCGCUGGAUAUGUACUACCUGGAGGAUGAAGAGUUGGCUCGACAGCUGGUGGAAUUGGGAUAUAGGGGAAGUGGAGAGGUGCUGAAAAGAGAAGAGUUUGAAAAGAGGAAGGCAACUGCUGAGGCUGCAAGAAUUGCUAAAAAAAGCCAAAAAAAAGCAUUGGCAAGUCCUGGAAAAGAGCUGAAAGAUAACUUCUUGUUGGCACUGGCAGAGCGUGAAGAAGACAACCGCAGUGGGAAAAUGAGUUCCAUAAUUUUUAUCCGAGACUUCAACUCCCAUAGUCAAGAGAUUUCUGGAUAUAUUGAUUAUUCACACAGACUCAGGUUGGAAGACUUUGAAGAAUAUUUCAGUGGAAAGAAGAAACUAUUGCCACGAUCAACAGAUCUCAGCUUCUACAACUGGGACACCCAGAACUCCACAUCCAAUUCCAGCCCAUUUUAUCAGGUGAUCACAGACAAUGCUUCUGGACUCCUUUUCAAGAACAAAAGAGAUAGGAAAGUAAUAAAUGUGGACCCAAAGGGAACUCCUGGGGAUAACACCACUCGAAACUUAAUUGAUACAGAACUUUAUGUUCAAGUAGUCAUCUAUGACCAUGUCACAAGAAGAAAAACCUGAGUAUCUUUGACAACUGAAAGAAUGAUCCCUUGUGUACAUGUAAUUGUUGUCACUCAAAGGGAUGUUUAACCAAUUGUAUAAGCUGUGGGAAAAAGAAAUAAACUUCAUAGACAUCAUUCGCAUCUAUCUUCUGUAUCUCUUAUUUUAAUUAUUUAAUUAUGUGUUUAUUUUGCUUUAUCGGCAUAGCUUACUGGAAAAAGGUAGAGCUAUUUUAUCCUUAUUGAAUGAAAAUUAGCAGCAACUGGGAAGUACUAUGAUGUUGUAAUUUUUCAACAAAAUAAGAUUAUUUCUUGCUUGCUAUACUUUGCUAUUGUCCAAAUGAAUGCUGUUUGUGGAAAAUUCUACCCCAUCAUUCCAGGUUAAAGAAAAAUAGAAUAUUCUCUGACCAAAACACAAGAGAUUCUGCAGAUGCUGGAAAUCCAGAGCAACACAUAAAAUGCUGGAGGAGCUCAGCAGGUCAGUCAGCAUUAAUGGAAAAGAAUAAACAGUCAAUGUUCCUGGCAGAGACCCUUCUUUAUGACUGGGAAGGAAAGGGGAAGAUACCAGAAUAAAAAUAUGGAAGAGGGGAUGGAGGAGAGCUAGAAGGUGAAAGGUAAAGGGCUGGAGAAGAAAGUAUCUGAUAGGAGAGGAUGGUGGACCAUGGGAGUAUGAUAAGAAGGAGGGGCACCAGGGGGAGGUGAUAGGCAGGUGAGGAGAAGAGGGCAGAGUGAGGAAUAGAAAAAGAGGGAAGUGGGAGUGAGAAACAGAUACUGGACAGAGAAACGGAUGUUCAUGCCAUUCAUACCUAAACGGAACUUGUGGUGUUACUUUUGUACCUUGAGAGUAGCCUUAUCAUGGCAAAAGUGGAGGCAUAAAACAACAUGUCAGAAUGAGAAUGGGGAUAGGAUUUAAAAUGGUUGGCCACAGGGAAAUUUCACUUCUGGCUGAUGGAGCAGAGGUGCUCAACAAAGCAGUCCCUCAAUUUACAUCAGGUCUCACCAAUGUAGAGGAAGUCACAUCAGGAGCAGUGGAUACAAUAGAUGACCCCAACAGAUUCACAGGGGACGUGUUGCCUCACCUGGAAGGACAGUUUGGGGCCCUGAAUGGAGGUAAGGGAGGAGGUGAAUGGGCAGGUGUAGCGUUUUUGUCACUUGCAGGGAUAUAUGCCAGGAGGGAGAUAGUGGGAAGGGACAAAUGGACAAGGGAUUUACAAAGAGAGCAAUCCCUGCAGAAAGCAGAGAGAAAGGGUGGGCAAGGUAAUGACGUGUGUGGUGGUAGGAUCCUGUUGAAGAUUGCGUAAAUUGUGAAAAAUGAUGUGUUGGAUGCGGAGGCUCAUGGAGUGGUAGGUGAGGAUAAGAGAAACUCUAUCGCCGUUAAGGUGAUGGAAAGAUGGGGUGAGCACUGAAAGAAGAGCCUCAUCCUGGGAAGUUAUGUGGCGAAGAUGAAGGAACUGAGAAAAGAGAGUGGUAUAUUCACACAAGGCAGUGUGGAAAGAGGUAUAACGAAGAUAGUCGUGUGAAUCGGUAGGCUUAUAAAAGAUGGCGUUAAGACAGUUUGUCUCCAGAGAUGGAGACAGAGAGAUCUUGCCCUUAAGUUCACUUGGUCCAUUUCAGACAACUCUCUUCCCUUUCUUGAUCCUUCUGUUUCCAUCUGUG